GCCGUUCCGCGCUCGGCUCUGGCCGGGAGCUGUGCCCCGAAGCCGGCUCCUCCGACCAGCGAGAGCUCGCCCCGCGGGAGGCGGGGCCGCGGGGACUUGGGACCGGCGCACCCACUGAAAGUCGCCCCGAAGGAGGCGGGCCCCCUCCCUGCGGCCCCGGCCCGGGCCCCGGGGUGCUGCCUGGCCGCAGCCGGGACGAGGGGCGGGGGUGGCCCGCUGGGGCAGGAAUCCGGGGUCCGGGGAGGCUGCCUAGGGACUCAGAUGCUGAACUGUUGGCCCAGAGAAGUGCACCCCAAUGUGGCGCGGCUUUCUCAGACCCUGCCGCAGGCACGGGCCCAGGAUGGGGGCACAGGACUAGCACCUCCCCAAAAUGUGGGCGUCGACAUCAUCGAUGACAUCUUCACGCUGCAGUGGGACCGGAGCCGGGAGCCCCCGGGGGCCGUGGCUGUGUCGGCAGAUUACCAAGUACCCGGGAUGGUGGAUAUUUGGACAGAACUGCCUGGGUGUCAACAUGUGACGAGUGCCACCUGCGACUUUUCCUCCCUCCACCCGUAUGCUUACGAGGAAGUCAGACUGCGAGUAAGAGCGGAAGACGGAGGCCUCACCUCGCCGUGGCAUGAGCUUGACCCGUUUGUCCCAUACCAGCAAGCUCGGAUCGGCCCCCCGGAGGUCCACCUGGAAGCCGAAGACAAGGCCGUGGCGGUGAGCAUCUCGCUGCCCGGCGCCGCGGACGGCAUGUGGCAGCUGGACCGCGGGAGCUUCGUGUACAGCGUGGUCAUCUGGGGCAAUGCCACGGGGCCGCAGGCGUGGAACAAAACCCUGCGCUCCAGAAACCCCAGGAUCAAAGUCCACGGGCUGCUGCCGGAGACCACCUACUGCGUGACGGCGCAGGCGCGCCUGCUGCUGCACCGGAACCCCGCGGCCUUCAGCCCUGCGCGCUGCGUCAGCACCCCGGUGGAAAGUGAGCUGCCUGCUCCCGAAAACGUGAAGGUCGUUCUGGAAAACCAGACCUACGUCCUCAGGUGGGAUUACACAUGGGACAACGUGACGUUUCAAGCCCAGUGGCUCAAGCCGGAGAAGUGGGCGCACGUGCAGGGCUGCGAGCACACGCCCCGGGCCCGCUGCGCCCUGCCCCCGGGCCUGCUCUGGAGGGAGGUCUACCUCCGUGUGCGGGCCUCCCACGGCGCCCGCUCGUCCUCGUGGUCCGAGGAGUGGAAGUUCGAUGCCGGACGACGAGCCACCAUCCCGCCUCCGGUCGUGGCCUUGAAGGCCCUGGACAGCCACGCGCUCCACGUCGCCAUUGGCCUCCGGAACCAGACCGAGCUCCAGCACCUGCUCACCUACGAAGUUCGUUUCUGGGAAAACACUACGAACACAGAGAGGACGAUCGUGGAGCAGAGGACCGACUUCCCGGUGCCCGGCCUGCGGCCGCGGACGGUAUAUUGCGCGGCCGCCCGGGCGCUGCUGGCGGCCGGGCCCCGGAGCCAGCACAGCGGCCCCAGCAACACGGCGUGCGCCCGGACCGCGGCAGGAGGCGGCCCCGGAGCCCGGCUGGCGCCCGGCCUCACCGCCACGCUGGCCGCGCUGGCCGCCCUGCUGGUGCUGUGCGCGCUGGCCGCCGCGGGGAAGCUGGCCCACUACGUGUUCUUCCCGGCCGGGCAGCCGCCCUCCGCCCUCGGCGAGUACUUCCCCGAGGAGCCGCUGAAGAACCUGCUGCUGCCCGCGAGCGUGGAGCGGACGGAGCCGUGCUGCGUCAUCGAGAAUGCGGACACCCGCUCCGCAGGCGGGACGCGCGGGGACGAGGACCACAAGGCGUACGCUUCCCAGACCAGCCAGGACUCGGGCAACUACUCCAUCGAGGACGGGAGCGCGGGGAGCGGCGGCCAGGGCGGCGAGGAGCUGGGCCCGCCGGGGGCCGGGCUGGUCGCGCGCUCAGCCUGCGGGCGGGAGGUCUGUGUGACCCGGGGGCCCGGCCCCCGGGGACUGUGAGCGGAAACACCUCCGGUCCCCGGUCCUCGCCGUGAGGACGCCCCCACCUGGUGGCAGUGAAGCUGCGGGAACAGGACCCGCUGCCCGCCCCAUACGCCGUGACAGAGCGCAGGGCCUUUCCGGGCCGAGGCGGUGCCAGCUGGGCCGGGAAGGCCUGGUGCUGCCGGGUCCACUGCUGGUGCCCGGCGGUGCCCGGCCCGGACGCAGACCGGGGAGAUGGCCUCUGAGACGCCGUCUGGAGGGUGACUCGCUCUGGAAGGCCCCCUCUCCCCCGCCCCGCCUGGUGGCCCCGUGGGCUGGGCAGUGUCCGUGCGGCCUGCCCACGGGCCCCGGAGGGAGCGCACCAGGGGGCCAGGUCGCUGAGAUGGGGCGCGGGCUCAGGGCCUCUGUGGUCCUCGGGCCAGCGGCCGGGCAGCAGACAGGCCGGGUGCCUGCAGCCUCCGGUGAGCUCAGCACCGGCCCGUUGGCAGCUGGCGGGGUUUCUUCUAAAACCAUGGGCUCGGGGCCCAGGAACCCCCUCAGGAGCCCAGCACGACGGGUCUCGGGAGGCCAGACGGCACCUGGGGUGCCCGGGAGGCUUCUGGGCGCGGCCCGGACGGGCGUGUGGAUGAGUGUAGCUGAGCGGCGAUGCGGUCUGACACCGGGCACGCACCCCGCGUGUGCACCCGUCUGAGGGCGCGGUCCCAUUGGCUCAGCUCAGAGCUUCGGUCUGACUGGGCACGGCCGCCCACACAGCGCGAUUUUACAAUACAGCCCGGGCCUGCCCUGUCCCAGCUGUGCGGCCGCAGGGCAGUGCCGGGACGGGACUCGGAGGGGCACCCCCCCGCCCCCCGCCCUGCCCCGCCCCAGCGGCCUGGCGCAUCCUGCAUUGUCUGUCUGCUGUCUGUCCUCUCCGCCAGGCCGGGCUCAGAGCAGGGCCUUCCGGUCGCCCCCCCCCCCUGCCCUCGGAGCAGGGCCUGCACACAGGAGGCAGGAAGCGUGAUGGCAUGGAGGAAACAGGAGGUUUGAACCCAUGGCGCUUCUGACAGCAUCUGUAUGUUUACUGCGUUCUGGAAAGACAUACCCAUAUUUCUUUGCAAAACUUUUGUACCAGUAAUUUCAUUUGUACUUUUGCCCAGAACCCUGUUGGUGUAAAUAGUUUUAUAUAAUUAAACUAAUUAAACUGGAGCAAAGCUGA